AACGAUAACAUCGAAUCGAGGACGCGCCUCGAAAGCGAAUUGUCCUGACUGAUGAUGAUGCACGGGUUUGAAUUGAAAAGUUGUGUGCAGUUACCUUCGAACGUAUAGUUUCAAUCAACGAGCCAAAAAACAAAGAAAAUUGUGACCGAGCUACCGGGAAGGUACCAAGACGAGUUUAGCCGCGUGAGAACUCGUGAGUUCCUCUGACAGGACGGACGGCACGAAACUGGAUGGAAAACUGGCAUUUUGCAUUUGAAUGUCCGGCGCCCCAUGGACAUAUGGUCCAAAAUGUUUCUCAAGACUCCACACGACGUAGAAGUUCGAAUCCGUGGUAACAAAAGUGCUACUAAUUUGCCCUGCCGGAGUCCCUAACUGACAUUCCAGCCAAGAUCAUAAUCGAUUUGGAACCGUCUCUGAAGAAAGUGUCGACUCGUUUUCGAUCAUUGUUGACUUCACGAUCAAGGUCACUCGGCCGUUCCAGCAGAAGGGAUAACAAGUGAAAAAACCCUCUUUCUAUGGCACUUGCGAAAGGAUUACCUUCCGUCACAACCACCCACGUUGAUAGCUCCAAGUAACGUGGCAAGAAGCCAAAUAUUUUAUGACACCUGCAUUGGGGGAUGAGUCUCACGUACUUCGUCCUCGUGAUAUUGGCCUGAAUAAGCAGCAAUGGGAAAGCUUAGUCAUUUGAAGAGGAUCGAUGCACCAGCAUCUGUCAGGCUCAUUGGCACUGAUAAUGGCUUGCUUUUAUAUCUGUGGAUAUGAACAGUUCUUUGCAUCCUUUGAGUAACCUCAAACUGUCUUGUUUAAUUUCGUAAAUGUGUAAUAUACAUGUGCGUUUUCGAGUCUUGGCAGAGCUGGAGGCUGAAUAAUACCAGGAUUAUUUCAUCUGAAUGAUUUCCUUCAAAGUAUCAUCCAACAAGAAGGAGAAUUUGCUGGAUUUAUCAGUGAUACAACACGUAAUAGUGUCCAGUGGAAUAAAAAAAAAAAAAAAACGAUUGAAUUUGUAAUGCAUUCGGAUGCAACGCGAGUGACAUGUGUGGAAGUGUUUAUUUUUAGUAAGGAUUUUAUCAUUUUCGAUUUUUCGUCUCCUGGCGAUUUCGAUCAUCGAUCAACUGCCAAAUAGUUGGAAAAACAAGUUCUCAAUUCGUGCACACAUACUAAUAUAUUCUAAAGUUUUAGUCAUUGAGCCAAAACUUUCAGAGAGCGAUCGAGCACUUUGAAAGGUUGGAAAAAUACGUAAGAUUUAUGACUUGCCACUUCUUGGCCUUGUUCGCCUUCAUAACAUCCGCAAUUCAGAAUCAAAAAUGAGAUACCCAAUCGAGAAAAAGGGAAAAAUUGUUAUUGAAACUGCUCCAUGUACGAAGAAAUUGUACGGAAACUUACAUCGGGAGAUUUUGAGUCAUGCGACCGAGCGGGUGAUCGUCUUUCUGUAAAUGAGCCGGAUGAGAGUCCGGCUUAGAAAGGAUUUAGCCGUAGGAAACGAGCCUGACGAAGAAAGGAGUUUGGGAUCCGAGAACGAAGCUCCAACGUUACUGAGCUCUACGACACUCUCGAAGGAUAACACGAGUUACUUAUUCUCGGGGGCACGGAUAAAUCCUCAGGAUAUUAAAGCGAAAGGAAGAACAUUGGAUUCUCAGGUUCUUCGAAUGUCAUAGCUCCAAAUGAUUUGAUACAUGUUAGCAGCUAAGUGCAUUGGCAAUCAGGCUUCUGCUCCGGAAACUCGAUUUCUUUUCGUUACUCUCAGUUUCUAUGAAUUUAUCGAUCGGAUCGACGUCACCUGCAGCAUCGUGGAAUAGCGCCAAUAAGGCUUUUACUUUGAUUCGUUUUAGCGUCCCGAAAUUUCGGCUUUGCCAAUCGAUAGACUCGGGAUUAAAAAUAGUGGCCCGUCCGUGGUGGGUUAUAGGCAGCAACUAUGAACCGGGCAAUGAUUUUCACAGUGCUUCGAAACCGAAUUGAAGGAUAGCCUUGCAAAUAUCAGAGAGUACAGACAGACAUGAUAGAAUGAGAGAAGAGAAAACGAGGGAAAGAUUGGAACACACAGAUAGGGUAGUAAACUCCAACGAGAGAUCGUGCCCGACGGCGUUUGGAAAGUUUUCAACAAUUUCGGCCUCUCAAAACGCUGACUUGAUAAUGGGCCAGCGUCACUAACUUUCGGCUACAAUCUGCUGGUAUAUUUCUCCUCCCUGUUCUCAGAGCAAGUGAGAAGUGGUUAGGGAAGCGCGGAAGGGGGAUGGGUUUGUGAGUCAGCUUGCGGUUAGACACGGCGAGAAUGAGGGAAGAAUAGAAACAUAGUGAGAAGUUAUCCCGGCAAACACAUGGGUGUUGAUUGACGCAGUUACACCAAAGUAUUUGCGAUCGUGAUUGUCGUUCGAAGUUUAAAACUCGGAUGUCCUAGCGAUUAUACAGAGCAAGUGACGUAACGCGGGAGUGAAUAAAAGAUAAAUCACUGAGUGAGUAUGAAAAGCGAGUGUCUCGCGAAGCGUCUAAUACUUCUGACACCCUUUGGAUCGAGGAAAUCGAAUGAAAGAUUUUCCACGAUCCUAGCACGCCUGGGAUCAUAUUUUGAACAGAUUCCUUCCAAUGGGACAGGGUGAAAAGAAAUUCUUGCAAAGUUGGCUGAAACAUUGGACGAAAAGAGAAGAGGAAGAACAAAGGGAAGGCUCGAAACGUGAUCCAUGCGGAAGAUGAUCGGGUCAAAGAGAACGAAUCGAAAGAGUUCAAGCACGAUCUCUGGGAGGAGAAAGACUGAGUCAUCGAAAGAGACGCCGAGGACAAGAGUAGUGACCCGUGUCAAAGGUAACCACUGAUAGUGCUUCAGGAGAUACUAACUUCUCCGGCGCAUACACCCAGAAGAGUCAAAAUGUCGAUGUCAUUUAAAUUAUCUUGCCUCCAGCUACCUCUCAAUCUGGCGCAGAUGGUAGUUGUGAUUUUGGCCAUCGUCCCGUUCGUAGCUAGCGGUGACCUAAAUUCACGAACGGUCAAGACAAAGUACGGUGACAUUAAGGGGGUCAUUGUGAAGUUGGAACGUAAUUUAGGAGGUGUUGAAGUGUUUCGCGGUGUUCCAUACGCUUCACCGCCCGUUGGUAGUUUACGGUUUAUGCCACCGGUCAAUGGAGCACCCUGGCAUGGGGUUAAAAUUGCUGAUCGCUUUGGUCCCGUAUGCCCACAAAAACUGCCUGAAUUGACCAACGCCAUGCCACCUGGUCGAAUGGAGUAUCUUAGAAGAUUGUUGCCCCUGCUACGUAAUCAAAGUGAGGAUUGCCUCUGCCUCAACAUUUACGCGCCUGCACAAGCGGGCGCAAGAGACAGUGGAAACCGAAGAUAUCCGGUCAUUGUUUUCGUACACGGGGAGAGCUACGAAUGGGGCAGCGGUAAUCCUUACGACGGUAGCGUACUUGCGAGCUACGGAGGUGUCGUCGUUGUCACGAUAAACUACAGGCUCGGAGUCCUCGGCUUCCUGAAUGCAAACACAGAUUCGCACUUACGUUCACCCGCGAAUUACGGCCUGAUGGAUCAGAUCGCAGCGUUACAUUGGGUGCAGGAGAACAUCGGUGUUUUCGGUGGGGAUCCUGGCAAUGUAACCUUAAUAGGACAUGGCACGGGAGCGGCAUGCGUCAAUUUCCUGAUGACUACGAGAGCGGUGCCUGACGGUUAUCUCUUCCAUCGCGGCAUCCUCAUGUCUGGCAGUGCUCUUUCCCCUUGGGCGUUGGUUCGAGGCGCGGCAAAUUACGCGAUGCAAGUGGCCCACCACUUGAACUGUACCCCGGAUGCCACCGAUCCUCAAAAAUUGCUCAAGUGCCUGAGGGAUCUGCCAAUCGAAUCGCUGCUUUCGGCGCCGGUGAAGGGCCUCGCGUUUGCACCAGCCUUCGGUCCAAGCAUCGACGGGGUCGUCAUCGACGCCGGUGAUCCGGACAACAGCGACUUUACGCUUCAAAUCGACACGAUCAAUACGCUCAACAGUCUUCUCAUGAGGAAGUCCGUCGUAGCCAAAUUAUCGAGAUACGAUCUCAUGGUAGGGGUGGUACGAUCCGAAGCGUACUUCACCCUCACAGCGGAGGAUGCGCAGUACGGUAUCGAGGCCGACAGAAGAACGAAAAUUCUUCGAGAGUUCGUGCGGAACACGUACACUUAUCACCAGCCUGAGAUACUCGCGACAAUCAUAAACGAGUACACGGACUGGGAGAAGGCAGUCCAGCAUCCGGUGAACAUCAGGGACGAAACCCUUGAGGCACUGGGUGAUGCGAACACGGUCGCACCGGCCACGAGAACGGUCGAUCUCCACAGCCAAUCGCACAGGAAUUCUUAUCUCUACGUGUUCGAUUAUCAGACGAAAUUCGGCGAUUAUCCUCAGAGACAAGGCUGCAUCCAUGGCGAAGAAUUACCUUAUCUCUUCGGAGCCCCGUUGGUCGGUGGUCUCUCUCACUGGCCGAAAAAUUACACAAAAUCCGAAAUAGCCCUGUCGGAAAGUGUCAUAUUGUAUUUUACUAAUUUCGCGAGAACCGGGAACCCCAACGAGGGCACGCCCGAUCCAGGACCACCGGGACCUCGCCCCGAUCGCACGAAACUCAAGAACGUCGCGUGGACGGCUUAUGAAGAGAAGCACAAGAACUAUUUAAUUAUAGAUACGAAAUCGAAGCUCAAGAGCCAUUACAGAGCUCACCGACUUUCCUUCUGGCUCAAUCUCGUGCCAGACCUUCAUAAACCCGGCUCCGACGAUGUACCCAGAUCUCAUCACCUCCUCGACGCAGAACAGGUGCCACCGCGGUUCAUUCAAAGGGUGCCGACGACGGGGAGAUCGACGACACCGGAAAUGACGACGGAGCGAGUGCGUAAUGUAUCGACGGCGCUGCCGAGUGAAUCGUCGUUCGAGGAGACGACGAGUCAGCCGGAGGACGGUUUCGCGGCUUAUUCGACGGCGUUGAGUGUGACGAUAGCGAUCGGCUGUAGUUUAUUGAUUCUCAACGUUUUGAUAUUCGCGGGUGUUUAUUAUCAGCGUGACAAGCAUCACUGCCCGAAGAAGCGUCAGGAGAACGGUCAAAUGCCGAACAACAUUUGUGGGGAGCUCGAGACGAAAACGUCGGCGGAACGUCACCACAUUCAGCACAUACCACCGCCCGACUUCGCCGACUUGCAGAACAACAGUUGCCACGUGCCAAUGCCACCACCGCCACCGAAGAACACAAAACCGAUGAAGUCUGGCCAACAGAAUUUGAUAAUGAGUCCGAAUCAGUUGCAGCAAGAGUCAAUGCCGAUGUCGGACAUCGGUCACAAUCUACAACAAAUAAUGGAGGAAUUGAGAGUCUGACUUUAGGAGAACGGCUCUUCUUAGAGCUGGACAAAUUUAUCAAUUAGGAGUAACCUACGGUGGUUUUUAAUUAGGUGUGACCCAGUGAUUCGAAUUUUCAAGACCAAUCGAAAACAACCCGAAAGAACAAAUAAUUAUAAAUUCAACAAGUCAUCGUGCACUUUGACCUCGAAAUAUCAAAAUGCGUUGAAUCGUUGUAGAUUUUUGAAGAGCAGGGCCCACUGAAAAAGAGACUUUAGUGGCGGUUUAACGCAUUAAUAAAAUCAUGUAAGAAGAACAAUUCGGUGAGUGAAUAUAUCGAGACGUUGCGACGAAAGGAAAUAUCCGCGAGCGAAUUUCUCUUUUAUAGUGUAUGAGAGGCUCAUUUCGAAUGUCGAGUGUUCCUCGAUGCUUUACGUCCUGUGACUAUUUUUUUUCAUCAUUCGAACGAUGCGAGAGCUAUUUUUCGUCAAGAGUAAAACGACGUUACGUUAACUGAGAAAAAAAACACUUUCAAUUGCAUGUACUGAUAGAAUUUCAUUAAAAACGACAACAAAAAUUCACGAUUCGAGAGUUUUUAGAGGAAUAAUCGUGUCAUUUUUAAGCACUGAACGUGCCAUAGCUCAAAAAUCACGAGCCCAAACACAGCGGUAAUAACGGUAAAAACACAUUUCAACAUUGGCCAUCGUGCUCGGAGCGUUGUGUAUGUCAAAACGAACAAAACAAAAUAAAACUAAAUGAGCCAAAAAAUAAUAUUGAUACGUGCACGAAAAUCGAUACUGCCAAAAAUAGUUUUUCAAUGCAAAGAUCCAGUUUUACGAUCUUUACUUGUUUUUUUAUUUUGUUUUGUUUUUUUUUUUUUUUUUUAAUUCUUUUUUUCAUAUUUCUUUCUCGUUUUUCACUGGCACGAGCAAAGUUCUACAAUUGACUUGCAAUUUUGAGAUUGGUUCUAGAAAAGAAUUUCAAUCCGAUUCACCAAAAUUGGAUCGUCGUAUAGAGCGAAGUACUUUGUAAAUAUAUUUAAUAAAUGAAAACAAAAAAACAAAAAUAAAAACAAAAAAGUAAAAAUAAAACAAAAAUGUUUGAAGAAAAAAAAAUGAAAACGGAUAUUGAUACGUUGAUUGGAAGCUCAGCUGAUCUAUCGAUCAUGCUGCAGAAGCACGAAAAGAGUCGAUCCUGAAUGUGAAAAAGUGGAAAGUAGGUCCGAAAAAUCCAAUGUAAUAUAAAUAUAAAAGAAUGAAAAAUAUGAGACUGGAAUGUUUAGAGAGCGAGAUGAAAAUGAUGAUGAGAAGAAGAAAAAAGAAAAUAUUAAAUCAGAAAAUCAACACGUACAGGGCGCAAUUUUAAAUUUGUAUAUAAUUGAUAUUACAAUAAAGUACGUAAACGAUAACUAUCAA